AUGAGAUGACAUAUUUGAAGGACAGUUUAUUUAUAUUGGAUGAAUGUGAGGGAGUGGAUGGAUGUAGUGCUGUAUUUCCUGACCUUGUUAGCCCAUUGGUCUGGGGGGUAAUCCUCUGCCAUAAACAGAAAGAUGGGGAUCUGCAGUGCUCUGGCAGAAUGCAAUAAAUACCAUCCCUGCAUUUCAGCUCUCGGCCGCCUUUCUCUCCAUCGCUGCCACACGCUUUUCCUGCUCUACUCUUCUCCUCUCAGCUUGAGAAGCAUAAAGGCAACCAGAAUGACAGAAAAAAAAAUGUCAGCGAGCCGCAAGCACACGAUAAAGAGCAUGAUGCUUCAGCUUGCUAAGACUUUACUCGACCAAGAAGCGACUGAAAAGGCAGAAGAGCGAAAGAGGUACUUGGAGGAGAAAUGCCCCCCCUUGUGCCUUCCUAAUUCUCUGCAAGGGUUACAGGAACUAUGCAUGGAAUUUAACGAGAAAAUCGAUGUGAUUGAUGAAGAACGAUACGACAUAGAGAGAAAAUUAGCACUGGUCUGCAUGGAGGUGGCCGACAUGAAGUUUAAAAUUAUUGACCUGAAGGGCAAGUUCAAGAAGCCACCUCUGAAGAAGGUGCGCAUGUCUGCCGAUGCCAUGCUCCAGGCCCUCCUGGGCUCCAAGCACAAGGUGACCUUAGAUCUGAGAUCUAACCUGAAGCAAGUGAAGAAGGAGAUCAAGGAGGACAAUAAGGACCGGCGUGAUGUGGGUGAUUGGCGAAAGAACAUCGAGGACAAGGCCGGAAUGGGUGGCCGGAAGAAGAUGUUUGAGGCUGAGUCUUAAAGCUGGUCACCCUGGCUAGAUCGCCAGAAAGGACUAGGAUUAAUCUCCUAGCUGUCAGGCAGAAACUGCUCCUCUAUUUGCUUCAUAGUCUGCAUUGCUACUCAACUUGCUUUAUUGACCUUAACUUUGUCAGUAAUCUUUAGCAUAGGAUGCCAACUCACUGUAACAUCAAUAAUCUAUGUACUCUAUGCCAAACUAAAAGUGUUCUUUCUUUAUAAACUUAUUAUACACACAAAGAUGAGAAAUGAUUUGAGGAAAAUAGUCAUUUUCAAGCUUUUCUCACCGUUAUGCUCCACUCAAAUAGUGUCCGUUUCAGUCGCCAUAAUUCAUUGGUUCAACAAAAGAAAUGCUUUUGCUGUAUGUAAUAUGAAUGAAUUAAAAUGUGCACAUUGUUUGAACCAAUUGUUGUUAUAAAUUAAAGUUGAGGUGCUUGUGUGCUGCGAAA